UGAAGGUUCCCCAGUAUUUUACCAUUCUGAAGAUACUUUCAUAUUAUGAAGUGAAGCCUGGUCUAGAAGGUUCCCCAGUAUUUUACCAUUCUGAAGAUACUUUCAUAUUAUGAAGUGAAGCCUGGUCUAGCUUCUGCAAAAACAACAAACAUGAAGUUUGCUUCUAUGCCUAUCAAGAAGGCUAUGACUGCCAACAGCUUUGAGAAAACAAAACCAUCCCUGAAGAGGAAGGGGAUGAAGGGGAAAAGAAAGGGAACUUAUUCUGCCUAUAUCCACAGGGUCCUUAAACAGGUUCAUCCAAACACUGGUAUUGCCACUAAGGCUAUGACCAUAAUGAAUUCCUUUGUGGGGGACAUCUUUGAACGGCUAGCACUGGAGGCAGCUAGGCUUGCAGCCUUGAACAAGAGGAGCACAAUUACUGGCCGGGAAAUCCAGUCUGCUAUCAAACUUGUUGUUCCAGGAGAACUGUCCAAGCAUGCUGUGUCUGAAGGGUCAAAGGCAGUUUCCAAGUAUACAAAUUCAAAAUGAGUGGUGCAAACUAAAGGGAAUUUGUUUUAUAAAUUUUGCACUUUUAAUAUUUUAAAUAAAGAAUAUUUUAAUUGUUA